CCUUGCCCGCCUUUUCCAGUGGGGCCCCGUGCGCAUUUCUUGCAACUCCAGCCAUGCCUUCCAACGCCGCUGACAAGCUGGAUUUUGUUCUCAAACAGCUUCACUGUUUGGGGGCUCCCAAGGCGCUUCUGGGGCUCAUUCUCCUCCUUUUUCUGUCGGAGAAUGUUUCGAUGUUUGGAGAGGCGUACGAAUUUGUGGAAAUCUUUGCUGGAGAAGCAUGGGUGAGCCGAGUAAUGCGAUCCUCUGGGAGGAGAACGGCCAGUCUUGAUAUUAUGUUUGGUGAUCCACUUCCCGGAAAGCAAAAUGUCAUGGACUUGACAACCCCCAGUGGAUUUUGUCUGGCGCUUUUGACCAUCUUGAACAUGAAGUUCGACGCCAGCUUUUGCGUUGUCGGUUUGCUGUGCAGCUCUUUUGUGUCUAUAAAUCAGGCUACCCACUGCCGUGCACCAUGGUUUCCCUUGGGUGACACGGGGAGGCCCCAUGUUGCCUUGGGAAAUUUUCUGGCAUCACGGGUGGCGCUUCUGAUCUUGGUCCUGCAGUGCGUUGGCGCUGCUUGGAUGGUGGAGCAGCCAAUUUCAUCAUUGGCUUGGUGGCACCCCCGUCUCCGAGCCCUCUUGAGAAGCAUCGACAGGAUCUAUGUUUGCCGUUGGUGGAUGGGGCACUACCAUGGCAAAACUCCGAAGCGCCACAUUUGCUGGUCAAAUACCCCCAAGAUUGGUCGCCUUGACAAAGGUGUUCUCAAAAAACAUCAACGAGAGGAGAUUGCCAAAAUGGGUGUGAAGUCUGCUGCAACCAAAGUGAACAAAAAAGGUGGCAAAUCCUACAGUGGUACUUCAGCACUCCGUGGUACAGGGACGUACCCGCCUCAUUUUGGGCUUCGCUUGGCGGGACUCUACUCUGACCUCAUCGAGAAUCGUUCGGCCAACCCUCCAAUGCCCAAUGAUCUGGUGGAAAACCCGACCCAAUCUUUUUUUGACAGCUUGGAUUGGCAUGGUGACCUUUGGGAUGACGCAGAUCUUUUCGGCUGCAUCCAUUACAUUCGGGGUAACCAUAGCCUCAAAUUAGGGGUCUGGCGCACUUCAUUCCCAACAUCUCUUUGAAAAGGGAUGCUUGCAAUUUAGAUUUGAACUGCGAAUCAUGCAGAAAUUAUUUUGCAUGCUACUCAGGGCUUCCCUCAGCAUACAGGGGCUGCACAAAAAUUAUCGUUGCCCUAGCAACGUGGAAGGCUGAACCAGGAUCCCGAGAUAGGAAAA